AUGUUGCGUUUGAGAUAAAGGCGGGGAGGCACACGACUGCCGUCACGGCAGCGAUAAGCCGCGUAAUUCGCCGACAUCACAAAUUGUCCGUACUACUGAGCAUCGGGAAAAACGGUAUUAGUAACCGUUAUCUCAGCGGAAUUGAUUUUUUAUUAGUUCUAAAACGAACACCAACGAUGGCGAUAAUCCUGAUGAAUAAACCGCAACUUGGGAAGUAGCACUGGGGGCGAGCCGCGUAGUCUUCAUUCUGUCGUUGAGUCUGUAUUACGCGGAUUAGAAAUUUCCAAGUGAGCUAGGUGAUGCGAGGAAUCACACUUUUCAUAGUGACAGCUUACCUCUGGGGCGGUGCCGUGUCUUACUUUGGAUUUCCACUACUAACCGAACCGAAGGAAAUAUGGAACGAGCUGCGAGAUCCCUCGAAACAGGAGCCUCGUGUUUAUCCCGGCGAAGAGUGCGAUCGACAAUGUGAUCCGAAUGAUGCUCCGAGAAUAUGUUAUUUUCAUUGGACUCUGGAAAACCAUGCGACUAUGGGAUCAACUUGCUGGGAUUGUCUCCGCGGAAAUCGCACCCACUGUUUCCAUCCGCAAUGUGUCACCGCAAAUGGAAUGGAACGUGGAAUCGUAUCGAUCAAUCGUAGAAUGCCCGGUCCCCCGAUAAUCGUUUGUAAUGGUGACACAAUAGUUGUGGAUGUUGUGAACGAAAUGGAAGGUCUAGCCUCUACACUUCAUUGGCAUGGAUUUCAUCAAACCGAAUCACCCUGGAUGGAUGGCGUCCCGAUGGUCACCCAGUGUCCGAUUCUUCCGGGAACAAAUUUUCGAUACAUGUUCAAGGCGAAAGAACCAGGCACCCAGUGGUACCACUCGCACUCCGGUUAUCAAAAGGCGAAUGGUCAUGUUGGAAUAGCCGUUGUGAGAAAUCCGUGGGACGUGAAUAUCGAUCGGUAUGAUUACGAUCUAUCCGAGCACGUGAUGGUUAUCUCCGAUUGGACACUGGACUCGGUCGAACGAUGGGUCCCGGGACUUCAAAGUUCGACAAUGAGAGUGGAUUCCAUACUCAUCAACGGACGAGGACGAUAUUACAAUGCAACCACUAGAUCGCGGGCAAGUUAUGUGCCUCUAACAGUUUUCCGAGUGCAACCGAAAAAACGAUAUCGUUUCCGGUUGAUCAGUGCAGGCAGCCAGUAUUGUCCAUUCCAGCUUCAGAUUGAAAAACAUCGAAUGAUGAUAAUCUCCACAGAUGGAGGAGCAGUCAAACCUCAUAUUGUGGACACGCUAGUUUCCAUUUCCGGCGAACGUUAUGACUUUGUGGUGCUGGCAGAUCAACCACCUGGAAACUACUGGGUUCGGGCACGUGGCAUAGGAUUCUGCAACGAUAUGCGCGUAGAAGAAUUCGCUACCCUAUCGUAUGCGGAUCCAAGCGUACCGACUGAGGAGUUGAUGUUUCCAUCCCGCAAACCGCCAUCGUACGAUACCUUAUUCCCUCAGGGAAUUACGCUGAACCAUCAUACUGCCCCAUGCUACAGCCCAGAGGAUAACUACAUUUGCGCAGCUGACUUGGAGUCCCACGAAGUUCAUCGCGACAAUGAACUGAUCGAUGCCAGUCCAGAUGUGCGCUUGUAUGUCGGGUUCGAUGUUGUCAAAGCCAAUAAUACGAGACUUUUCUCUGGCCGGGAACAUAUACAUUAUGCGACCGUCAGACAACAGUUCAAUACAUUCGGGGUGACAAACAACAUCACUUUUGCUUCUCCCAGUUUUCCUCUGCUGACCCAAUCGGAGUUAAUUCAAGACGAGAAUUUGCAGUUCUGCAAUGACACACAUCGUCCAGAGAGAUGUCAAAAUCAGCUUUAUUGUCAUUGCACCCACAGAGUUAAGGUCAACUUAAAUGAUGUCGUUGAAAUUAUGUUAUACGACACCGCACCUUGCACACAAGAUUUCUACCAUCCUUACCACAUUCACGGCCAUCGGUUCAUCAUCACCGACAUGGGACAGCUGCCGGAGUGUGCGGUCAAUAGCCGCCUGCCGUAUCUGAAGAAAAGAAAGUUCACGCGCAAACCGAACAGCCAUAAUCCACCCUAUAAGGACACGAUAUCAAUUCCGAACAAAGGUUUCGUGAGGACACGCUUCAGAGCGAAUAAUCCCGGAUUUUGGCUGAUACACUGCCACUUCGAGUGGCACCUGGGUACCGGCAUGGGACUGGUACUGCAGGUGGGCGAAACGGAUCAAAUGCUUAAAGCACCGCCGGAUUUCCCGCGGUGUGGGGAUUUUAAAACGAAACUUAAUGGAUUGGAUUAAAUGCGAUGAGGAUGCAGUAAAGUGAAUCUGUAAAUUAUGUAUUAUUGUAAAUAAAUCCGUUAUUGAAUUUGAGAUAAUUAUGUAAAUAAAAGUUUCGAAUAGACAGUU